AUGCGAGUCUCCGCUGAAGAACUGGAUCUAGAUCCCGCUGUGUAUCUCAGGGAAGGAAAGACCCGUCCUGAGCCAGCAGAACAGACACAUCCUGACUUGAGUCCGGAAGUUGAGACCCUAGACCGAGAGAGUAUGGCGGAUGUCGAGAAUAAUACUCAGGUCCCUGAGCCGUCAGUGGAUGUCCAGUCACAGACAAGCUGUUUGACACCAGUCCAAAGGCUGGAAGCAGAAUAUGCUGGGGUGAUGCGAGUCUCUGCUGAAGAAGUGGACCUGGAACCUGCUGUUUACCUCAGAGAAGGAAGUGAUUUGAUGGCGCAAUUAGAAUACCAACUUAUCAUGCCCCCGGAAAUUGAAGAACUGACCCAGCAUAAAAACGGCAUAGACAUCCGGAUGUGUAUCGACUACCGACUUCUGAAUUUGCUCAUCAAACUAUUCCGCUAUCCUCUACCCCUGAUUGAUGAUCUAUAG